AUGUCUCAGGUCCAAGACAGCUCGGAGUCUUCUGGCUACUCCACGUCGGCCUCCAGUGAGGUGAGGGAGUUUACAUUAUUUCAACUCUAAACACACAAAUUUGUUUCAGUUUGGGAGCGUUGAUGAUCAAUUCAAAUUCCCAAUAUGCAGAGGUUCGACGAAACGGAAAGCAGAAAGCAACGUGAGGACUUUAUUUACUUCUGUAAAUACUCUUGCGUGUUCUUUUUCAGAUUGAAAAUCUGGACGAGCUGAUGAGAGAGGCGCUGACAUUGUCGCCCGAAAAGCGAGCUCGGAUGAACAUUAAAACUGCGAUUCCCCGCUCACUGACAGAUGAGCCGACUGCCGACGGAAGACCGCAAACUAGACGAUCCAGUUCCAGUGACGUCGAUGUUUCUCCUCGUGUUCGGACGUUGCGAGCUGCGGUUGGUCAAAUCUGCUUUAUACAAAAUAAUUUGGUGUUUGAGAACUCUGGGAACUCGAUAGACAUAGUUCGAAAUGUGUCGGCUGUCUCUUCGGAUUCGAUCUCGCCGAAACUUCUGCAGCAGUACUCGUCGCCAAAGAAGCGCAUCAGUCUAAACGAAAACGGAUCGGUCUACUCUCGGCACCGGCUCGGCUCGACGUUCUCUCCGUUGGUGGCCGGAGCAACAAAGAAAGUGGGAAGUGCUGUCAACUAUUUCAAAGCACACGUUGAGAGACGUAAGUAAAACUUCUGUCAAACAGUGAUUCUCAUUAUCAGUUUUCAGCACUGCGCUCCGACAGUCCCAGAUUGAGUAAACUUCGCAAAUCGGGCGUAAUAAGAAUGAAGCGUCCGUUGAGUGACCGCCUGAAAGGAUCAUUUGAAUAA